AUGGGGACACCAAAUAAGAAUGAAAACAAGGGCGGUUUCUUUUCCGCCAUGACAUCGGGCUUUUCGAUGUUCAGCAGCGCCAUGCAUAGAUCGGUCAACGGAUUGCUUGGUUAUGAAGGGGUGGAAGUUAUAAAUCCAGAAGGAGGCAAGGAAGAUGCUGAAGAGGAAGCCCAGAGAGGAAGAUGGCAACAGGAGGAACGUGAUAGUUAUUGGAAAAUGAUGCAAAAAUAUAUUGGUUCUGAUAUCACAUCAAUGGUGACGCUACCUGUCCUUAUAUUUGAGCCAAUGACAAUGCUUCAGAAAAUGGCAGAGUUGAUGGAAUAUUCGUACCUUUUGGAUCAAGCAGAUGAAUGUGAGGAUCCCUACAUGCGGUUGGUGUAUGCAUCAUCGUGGGCAGUAUCUGUUUAUUUUGCCUACCAACGCACUUGGAAGCCUUUCAAUCCAAUUCUUGGAGAGACAUAUGAACUGGUUGACCAUGGAGGGAUUACAUUUAUUUCUGAACAAGUGAGUCAUCAUCCUCCUAUGAGUGCCGGACAUGCUGAAAAUGAGCAUUUCACAUAUGACGUGACAUCUAAGUUAAAAACGAAAUUUUUAGGGAACUCUGUUGAUGUCUAUCCUGUUGGAAGAACACGUGUGACUCUUAAAAGAGAUGGUGUUGUUCUAGAUUUAGUUCCGCCUCCUACGAAGGUUAACAAUUUGAUAUUUGGCCGAACCUGGGUGGAUUCACCUGGAGAAAUGGUCAUGACAAACUUGACUACAGGGGACAAAGUUGUUCUGUAUUUUCAACCUUGCGGUUGGUUUGGAGCUAAUCGGUAUGAGGUCGAUGGGUAUGUGUACAAUGCUGAUGAAGAACCUAAAAUAUUGAUGACUGGAAAAUGGAGCGAGUCCCUGAGUUAUCAACCAUGUGAUUCGGAAGGGGAACCUCUUCCUGGCACAGAACUGAAAGAGGUUUGGCAUAUCGCGGAAACUCCAGCAAAAGACGAAUUUCAGUAUACCUACUUUGCACAUAAAUUAAACAGCUUUGACACUGCUCCCAAGAAGUUGCUGGCAUCAGAUUCCCGUUUGCGUCCUGAUAGAUGGGCACUUGAGAAGGGUGACCUCUCCAAAGCUGGUGCUGAAAAGAGCAGUUUGGAGGAGAAACAGAGAACUGAAAAGAAAAACAGAGAAGCAAAAGGCGAUAAUUUUAAGCCAAAAUGGUUUGAUAUGACUGAUGAAGUUACAACUACGCCAUGGGGAGAGUUGGAAAUAUAUCGUUUCAAUGGCAAGUACACAGAGCAUCGAAAUACUGUUGAUACUUCAGACGCAAUCGUCCUAGAUGAUGUUCAGUCAAUAGAAUUUAAUCCAUGGCAGUAUGGUAAUUUGUCCGAGGAAUAA